AUGCCCGGGAAGGAUGACGGCGCCAAAAAGCCGGCAUCGGAGACGGUGCCGGAGCAGCGCUGGAAACUGCAGGUCUUCUACCUCUGCUUCUAUGGGUUCAUGACACAGAUCCGGCCCGGGGAGAGCUUCAUCACCCCGUAUCUCCUGGGACCUGGGAACUUCACGAAGGUGGAGGUGAGCCGCGGGCAGCCCGUCCCCAGCGUCCCCCUUUCCAGCUACGGGGCCAUUGCCUCCUUCACCGCCGGCUAUGUGAAGAUCCGCUGGAAGCUGUGGUCAGAGCUGGUGAUCGGGAUGGUGACGGCUUUCCAGGCGGGGCUGCUCCUGCUCAUGAACACCACCAGCAGCAUCUGGCUGUGCUACGCUGCCUACGUCCUCUUCCGUGGCUCCUACCAGUUCCUGGUGCCCAUCGCCACUUUCCAGAUCUCUGCCUCCCUCUCCAAAGAGCUCUGCGCGCUGGUCUUCGGGGUCAACACCUUCCUCGCCACCGUGCUGAAGACCAUCAUCACCAUCAUCGUGGCUGACAAGAGGGGCUUGGGCUUGUCCGUGCAUCCCCAGUUCUACGUGUAUUUCGGCUACUUCACCGUGCUGGCAGUGGUCUACCUGCUGGCAGCCGUUGGCGUGGGCAUCCGGGGGUGGAGGUGA